GCCCGUCAUUGUUCUCUCAAAGUGUUACCUUGUGGCUUAGUUCAAGAUGGGUGGGGAGCACGGCCACGCGGCGGGGUGCAGCCUUUGUCCAUUUGUGAGUUCGCGACGGACAGUGGUGGGCGCCCCGUCACUCCCGCCAUAGCCGUCACAGCGAGGGCUGCCCACCGCCUGUCUCGGUGCAAAGCAAACCGUGAUUGGCAGUGGCCGCUGUCUGUCCAGCCCUGCUUCUUUCUUCUGGAACCGCUGACCCCGAACCCGCGGCAAAAACCUGCUGCGAUUCGUGCUGUGCGAUGCUGCGACAAUAUUUUUGACGGGGGCAGGCUGCAUGACCCAAUGGACUCAAGUUGUCACUUGCCCACCCUGUUUUCCCAGCAUCCUAGCGGCGAGCUUGAUGUUAUCGUCGCGGGGGGCGGGCCUGGGGGCUGUGUCGUCGCUGGCCGUCUCGCGGUUGCUGAUCCCUCCCUCAAAGUCAUGCUCAUCGAAGGGGGUGCUAACAACAGAGACGAUCCCUGGGUAAGCUCGAGUGGCCGAUCUGCGGCGCAGGAUUCUGAUUAUCUUGUGUUCAAGUCUACCGGUCCGUCACCGGGCAUCUACGUCCGCAACAUGCAGCGCAACGGCAUAAACGACAAGGCCACGUUCUACAUCGACACGAAGGCCUCGUCGUAUCUCCGCGGAAGACAGAGCAUUGUCCCACGCGCGAACAUCCUCGGCGGAGGGAGCAGUAUUAAUUUCCAGAUUUACACAAGGGCAUCCGCCUCCGAUUGGGGUGAUUUCUGCUCGUUUAGCUCAGCGUUCUUCGAAGUUGACGGGUUUCAGAUGACUUCAAAUCCGAGGGAUGGACUGCGAAAGAUCUACUGCCUUUGAUGAAACAGGUAUUGGCAGUUAUGACGUAGCAAGCAGCUUGGUACACAGCCUGUCACGUGUCUAAUCUCGGAUCAUGUGAUUCUACUGAAAUACUAUUUUUGUCGUGUUGCAUCCUCA